CUCCAUCAAGAGAUCGUCAACUAUUACAGCUGGUAAUCAUGGUUUCCAAAGUGGCUCUCCUCCUCGCCGUCCUGGUCUGCAGCCAGUACCUCGCCCAUGGCGUAUAUGUCGUCUCCAAGGCGGAGUGGGGUGGUCGUGGCGCCAAGUGGACCGUGGCCCUGGGCAACUACCUGAGCUACGCCAUCAUUCACCACACUGCUGGCUCCUACUGCGAGACCCGUGCCCAGUGCAACGCCGUGCUGCAGGGCGUCCAGAACUACCACAUGGACUCCCUGGGCUGGCCCGACAUCGGCUACAACUUCCUGAUCGGCGGAGACGGCAACGUCUACGAGGGCCGUGGCUGGAACAACAUGGGCGCCCACGCCGCCGAGUGGAACCCCUACAGCAUUGGCAUCAGCUUCCUGGGCAACUACAACUGGGACACCCUGGAGCCGAACAUGAUCUCCGCCGCCCAGCAGCUGCUCAACGACGCGGUUAACCGUGGGCAGCUCAGCUCCGGCUACAUCCUGUAUGGCCAUCGCCAGGUCAGCGCCACCGAGUGCCCCGGCACCCACAUCUGGAACGAGAUCCGGGGCUGGUCCCACUGGUCUGGCUAGGUCCUUGACAUGAACCCUACCAAAUAAAUUUUGUACAAAAAGAAGA